GCAUCAUCGCUUUCGCUUUCUUCAUCUUUUUAAAUCCUCAGCUGCAGAAAUUUCAGCAGAUUCUCUGCAAUCUUUCCGCUUUUACUUUCUCUAAACGAUUAUCUUCCUCUCCCGAAGAACCCCUUUUCUUCUCUUUGGAAAUCUCCUCUUCUUCUUCUAGAACAGGGCUCCCCUGUUUUGCAUCCUUCCCUUCCUUUUCUACUGCAAGAAAAGCCUGUUUUAUACUCUGAGAUCGGAUUCUGCAAUGGCAAGCCAAUCUGAGAAGACCCAAGGAUCGAUUCAUGACUUCACUGUCAAGUGAUCACAGUCGUAUUGGGGAACUUGAUCAGUCCAAGCCAUUGAUCAGAGCCGUUCAUUAGGUCCAGAACACACUUCAUGGGGUACCAUGAUGCGAGGGGAAACGAUGUGGAUCUUAGCACCUACAAGGGAAAGGUCCUCUUGAUUGUGAAUGUUGCAUCUCAAUGUGGGCUGACCAACUCAAAUUACACAGAGCUUAAUCAACUAUAUGAGAAGUACAAAAAUCAAGAUUUUGAAAUAUUGGCAUUCCCAUGCAAUCAGUUUGGUUCGGAGGAGCCAGGAGACAACGAGCAGAUCUUGGAUUUUGUUUGCACCCGCUUCAAAUCCGAAUUCCCCAUAUUCGACAAGGUUGAUGUAAACGGGGACAAUGCAACUCCUGUGUACAAGUUCUUAAAGUCGAGCAAAGGCGGUAUCUUCGGAGACAGCAUCAAGUGGAAUUUCACCAAGUUCCUAGUGGACAAGGACGGACAUGUGGUGGACCGCUACGCUCCCACAACUUCCCCUCUCAGCAUUGAGAAGGACAUAAAGAAGCUGUUGGGGGUUUCUUAGAAAAGUCAUGUGAAGCAGUUACAAUAGUAGAUUGUUUCUCUUAUGAAGGAUGUGAUGGAUGUGAUGACCCUCUUUUUCUUAAAAUUAAUGUUGAAUGAUACAAUAUGUAGUUUGAGAUGUAUGUUUGUUGUCUAUGUUCCUCUGACGAGGGGUACAUAAAACUCCUUUUUUUUUGUAAUUAAUGUUGAAUGAUACAUAUUUAGUUUUCUAUUUGAGAUGUAUGUUUUAGCUA